AGUUAGGUACAUACAUAAACAAACCUUUACCUUUCGAAAACAUUAUUUUCAUUUUAUCACAUCAGUGCCGAAAUUACCGACCGAUGAUAAAAAAUAAUACAUAGUAACAUCGUAUGGUUCUCGCUCUCGCUCAAUUCUCGUCUCGUUUGUACGUAUUACUAUGACUAUAACAUAUCUACGCGUAGUAUCUAAUCUAUUUCUAUAAAUUGAACGAUGUCGAACGACUUACUGUUGGUAUUUUUUGUUAAUAUACCUACGUACAAUUCUUACAUACGGUACCUAAUUCGCUAGUUUGUUAACUUUACCGCCGUAGCCGUAGCCGUACACUUAAUUUGUUGUUAUUGAACAGUACGAGCUAGUAGAAUAAGUUUGCAAGUUUUGCGAAAAUGCAUAUAUCGCGCAUUCGAGUACUUAACUAUGUACGUCUACGACUCUACGUGUAUGUGUAGACGAGUGCGAGUGCGUUAUCGUUAUCGUUAUCGUUAUCGAGUGUAUUUCGGUUUCAAUGUGCAGGGUAUUCUGCAGAUCAGGAAUGGAGGACGGUUGCUAACAAAAAUUUACUCAUCGGCUACGAUACUGGGCUAGUCACUAUAUACCUAAUUAUGCCAAUGGCCAUAUUAUGCGAGCGCGCGGAAAUGUUUUGCCAAGAAUCUCGAAUUUGCGCGAAUGGGGUCAGCAUCUGCAUCUGCAUCUGCAUCGGCAUCGGCGGCGACGUAUUAUUUUGACUGCGAUUACGACGAGUAACUUUCCAUCGAACUCAGCCUACGUAGCCUAAAAAUGCGAAAAAGAAGAUUUCAUUACUAACGGUUAACACCUGUCACACGAAAGGCUAGAGGAACGCCGCGCCGCGCCGCGCCGUAUCGAAUCGAUUGUAAAUUUUCGCUUCAAUAUAUUAUGUACUUACGAUGUCGCGUCGCGUCGGUGAUUCGUUUCAAAAUUUCCGUCCAUAAAGUUGUCAUCACCUACCUACCUAUAUACACAUAAUAUACACCUACUUACUAAAUCGCUUGUCGGCGGACAGAUGAAUUUGUUGUGUGGAGCCCUGAGCCCUGAGCCCUGAGCCCUGAGCAGUGAGCAGUGAGCAGACUCGGCGUCGGCGAAACGAGUGUCCUUUUCUUUGCAUUGAAAUCAGUCAGUCAACCGAUAUCCGAUAUCCGAUAUUAGGAUGAAUGCAGCGCCAGUGUUGCAGCGGUAAUUGCGGUACCGGAGGACAUUUCCAGUGCGGAAGCGCAGAGACUGAUGCAAGAAAGCGAUACAAUCGACACCGGCUGCAGAAUAACGCACGCGCAAAUUCAAGACGAACCGUGCGAAGUAACGACCACAGUAUUCGCAGUUCCGGCGUACCAUCAUCAUCAUCAUCAUCAUCAUCAUCAUCAUCAUCGGCAUCACAAACGUUUCGAAUGCAAGCAACUCACCGAAUCUGAGCUCAUAUUGAUAAAUACGAUGGAAAUUCACGCUCGAAAUGGCGUUUUGACUGGCCGUUUUUUGACCAUGCACAAAAGACGUCGUAAAAAACUCACCACGCGUUCGUUAUCACCUGAUAUGGCUCCCGCCCUGCUAGACGACGUUCAUCACGGAGUCGUUAAGUGUAUGCUACGACGAGCUGGACAGUGGCCGUUUAACGCUUUUACUUUGGAUGUAGCAACUGGCGGACGUUCUCUUCCGGUGCUUUGUGUUCAUUUGUUUCAUUGGUACGGACUGUUGGAUUUUUUCAAGCUCGAAGUCGUCGACGUUUGGAAACUAUUUACUCUUAUCGAAGAAGGUUACCACAGCACGAAUCCAUAUCAUAAUUCUAUUCACGCUACCGAUGUUACGCAAGCCAUGCAUUGUUUUCUACAAGAAGAAAAGAUCAAAAGACAUAUAACGCCUUUGGAGGUGAUGGCUUCGUUGAUUGCCGCAGUUUCCCACGAUUUAGACCAUCCUGGCGUAAAUCAGCCCUUUUUAAUCGCCACCUCGAAUCAUUUAGCAGCUUUGUAUCAGAAUACUUCCGUAUUGGAAAAUCAUCAUUGGCGUUCGGCUGUUGGUUGUUUGUUGGAAAGUCACGUUGCCGAUCGGUUGCGAAACGCGAUGCCCGAAUUGGAGAGACAGAUCAGUUCGUUGAUUUUGGCCACUGACAUUACUCGUCAGCAAGAGUUUCUCACUAAAUUCAAGCGAUACUUGAACCAGAAUUCUUUGCAAAUGGAAAAAGAAGAGGAUCGUCAUUUUAUUUUGCAAAUAGCGUUGAAAUGCGCGGAUAUAUCGAAUCCGUGUCGUCCGUGGGAGAUCAGUAGGAAAUGGAGUCAGAAGGUUUGCGAAGAGUUUUUCCGGCAAGGCGACUACGAGCAACAGUUGGGAUUACCAUUGACCGCUCUUUGCGACCGCAGCAGCUCUUCCGUUCCUAAAAUACAAUCAGGGUUUUUCAAGUUUGUGGUUAUUCCGUUGUUCGACGAAUGGCAUCGUUUUCUCGGCACCCGCUUGUCCACCAAUAUGAUGUCGCAUUUGAAAACGAAUCACAACAAGUGGGAGAUGCUGUUGCAGCAGGAAUUGGCCGAGGAGACGCGCACCGAAAUAUCGGACGCGGACGACGCGACCAACGACGAAUGCGUGGUCGACGACGACGGCGGCGGCGGUGGCGUCGGUGGCGCGGGAAGCGGCAGCGCGUUCGCCGACGACGUCGACGAUCAGCAGCAGCCGGACGCGAGACGGUGUUCGCUGCCGUCCGUCAUGCUGGAGAUGGUCGACCGUACCGGCAGAAGGCAUUCGGUUCCGCUGAACCUGUCCAGGGACUUUGCGGCGACGGGGGCGGCGCCAGGUACGUCGUCGUCGGGCAUGGGCAUGGGCAUGGGCAUGGGUUCGGCAGGUCGUCGCGAGAGUUUGCCGGCCGGCGUUUUGGAGCCGCGCCACAAGCUGGUUUUGGAUCCGAUACCGCAUCUGGAGGAGGAGGACGAAGAGUUGGACAUGUCGUUCAGGUCGUCGUGCAGCGGCAGCCUGCAAAAGUCGAGCGACUGCGGCAGCGUGGAGGAGCGGCCGGUUAGCGCCGAAAGUCUGCUGCCCGAGCCCAGCAUAGCGACCAUAACCACCUCGCUGGAGGCGACCCGUCUGUCCAACGUUCUGCACGGCAGCACCAUGCUGGCGCCGCCCGUCAACAAGAUACUCACCCGCCAGCAAACCUUUCCGCCUAUACAGACGUUCGUGCGAACGCGCUACCUGUCGACGGCCGGCGAAAUCGUCGCCCAAACCAGCGCCAGCAACUCCUCCUCCACCAAUUCCAGCCGAAACGAACUCAGCAGCAGCGGCGCUGGCGGCGGCGGCGGCGGCGUCGGCGGCGCCGUACGAACCGGCUCCUCCAGCAGCGAAACCGGCAGCGACAACUUCAACAACGCGAAGCGCGACUCUUCUUCGUCCGAAGGCGAUCGCCACAGCGCCGGCACCGGCACCCACUCCAGUUACAAUAAAAUGGCCAAAUUCAGCGAGAAAGAAAACGUUAAUCCGCGAAAAGAUCACCGGGUGGGCACAUCCGUACAUCACGGAAGCUUACAAGAGCUAUUGUUGUCGAGAAGAGGAUCCGCUUCGGCGGCGCAAGAAAGCGUGUCGCCUCCGCGAGAUCGCGAAAAAGCCAUUCCACGGCGUGGCUCGGUUCCGAUGGAAAUUUCCCGACCAGAUUUAUUAGAAAUGCCGAGACGUCGAAGCUCCGAUAGCGGUAAAGGUAGCAGACGUUCUAGUCGAAAUCGCAAAUCACUGAAAAGACGUAGUUCGGGUGGACCGGAUAUUUUGUUACCGCGUGAAAAAUUAAAUACUCCGCGACGUGGAUCACUGCCUUGCGACGUGCUGCCAACGCAUAUUAAAAAAUGAGAAACGCCGGUGUUCGUUACAAUUUUUUUUCGUAUGCAUCGCAAUCAAGUUGAUAGCUAAAGUGCUGUGACAAGUUCUUCCACUAAAUUAAUAUCUAAUGUAUAAAACUAUCGUAACGUUACUUAGGCUACACACUCGUCGUAAUCGUACGUAUACAAAUCAUUUUACUUACCUACCAACCCACCAAUCAAUCAAUCGAACAUCGUGGUAGGCAUUCGUCGUAGUGGUGUGUGGUGUGUGGUGUGUGGUGUAUGGUGUGGCAUGGUAGGUAAUGCGGAUAUGCGAUGGGAUUUGGAAACCGACGCGACGCGACGACGCGACGUGGCACGGUUCAGGCUCCAUUUUGCAGACUGCCGAUCCCGAUCAAAUGAUCACUUAAAGUACGAUCGUAUAUAAGUUAUUAUUUACGUGUGUAUUACGCAGCAAUAAGUACGUACUUCGUACAUUUCACGACGCGACGCCGACGUGGACGUGGACGUGGACGUGGACGUGGACGUGGACGUGGACGUACCUAACUACCUACUCGUCGUUAUACUUAUUGACAAGCUGGAAGGUGCAGUGCAGUGCAGCAUGCGUUUGUCUAUAAUACUCGUAUGUAUGUAUAGCCUACUUACUUUGUAGCGUGUACUGUGUAGCAAUAUGUUACAUUCGUAAUCUUCUACGUACUCGUGGGUACCUACUUUGCGUUUUACGUUACGUUGCGUUGCGUUGCAUCGCGUUGUAAUGAUAAUGAACAUAAUUUUCUCGUCUUAUUUGUACCUAUUUUUAAAUUUUAAAAACGCAGCGUGAUAUCUUUUAUAAGUAAGCGUAGGUAUAAGCGUAAUUAUUCGUAAUAAGUGACUGAAUAGCUUUAUAUACUGUUCAUUGUUCAUUUUCCCCCUCGACUCGAGUAUUUAUUUGUCCUUUUAUUCGUUGAUUAUGUGUUCGUUUAUUCGUUUGCGUAAGUAUUUGUUUAUUUGCUCGCGUUUGUUCGUUCAUUUGUUUUUCGUUUUGUUUUCUUUUUUUCUGUUUUGUUUUUAUUUCUCGUUUUCUACAUACCUACAUACAACUAUAUUCUAUGUUUGCGUUUAUUCGUUUUUCCCCCUGUUCAUUCAUUCAUUCAUUCAUUCAUUCGUUCGUUCGUUCGUUCGUUCAUUCAUUUAGGUAUUUAUUCAUUCGUUUGUUUAUUUAUUUAUUUAUCUAUUUAUGUAGGUAGGUAAAUAGGUAGGUAGGUAGGUAGGUGGGUGGGUGGGUAGGUAUUUGUUUAUUUGUAUGUACCUACCUAGGUACUUGUAAUUAUUACGUAUUAGGUAGACAGAUACCGAAACUGUUAGUUUAGUUUCCGUUUUUCCACUUAGGUAGGUACCUAGGUAUAUGUACGAGUAACUAGUUUAGUGCGAGUUUUGCCGGCUACGCUACAACCCCAUAAUCGUAUCUGCGCAAUGCACACGCCCACGCCCACGCGCACGUUCCCAAUCUCAAACCCACCUAAUUAUCCGUUCACUUAGUACCUACCUUUUUACUUUAUUUUCAUUUUGUUAGAUGUUUAAUGUUUUCGUCAUCGUCAUUAUUCUCAUUCUCAUUCUCAUCCUCAUCCUCAUCCUCAUCCUCAUCAUCAUCGUUUCGUUAUCGUUGCUGUUAUUAUCAAUGUUGUUUUUAUUGUUGUUGUUGUCAUCGUCGUCAUUAUGAACGAUUGCGCCGUUGUUGUUGUUGCUAGCUAGCUACCUACCUACCUACCUACCUACCUACCUACCUACCUACCUAUAUAACUACCUACUAUAAUAAUAUGAUUAUACUUAGGUACUAAUUAAGUGAUUACAGUUCAAAUUACUUAUCAUUAUUCUCGUCUACCUUCCUAACCUAAAAGAUCUACCUAUUGGUUAACUCAUUUUUGUCGUUGGGGACAUACAUACCUAUUUGUAUACAUCCGUUUUUUUUGUUUUGUUUUUUUUCGCCGUUGUUUGUUCGUGUAUCGUGUAUCGUGUAUCGUUUAUCGUUUUAUUUUACGUUCUUACGUACUAGGUUCACCUAUUUUGUUUUUGUUUUUGUUAUUGUUUUUUUCUGUUUUUUGUUUUUUGGGGGAUUUUUCUUUUUUUGAUUACAAUUUAUUCCCAGAAUAUACUUUCAAUCUUUAACCACUGCCUUUUAUGUGUACGUUUACGUGUUUACGUGUAUAUGUGUUAAGUACCUAUCGCAUAAGUAUCCAAAUACCUAUAGUACCUAUACCUACCUAUACUUAUUAUAUAGGUACCUACGUUAUUUUUUUUUCUUUUUGCCGCGUAAUACGUAGGUAUUUUUCAUCGAAAAAGUCUCGGUUACAUUUUUUUGUCUGGGCACUCAUUUAUUACCUAGGUAUUCUUAAAUAUUUUAAUGGGAUUUCUUAAUGUACGUACGUAGGUACUAAACUUACCUUAUGUAAUCGACAAUCGCCAAUCGUCAAUCGCCAAUCGCCAAUCCAAAUCUACUUAUAAUUUUUCACGAGUAGGUCUACCUAGCCUCCUACCAAGAAAUUCGUUUUCGACAACAGACUACCGAGUACCUAAGUAUACUUAUUAGAUAGGUACAUUUUCUUUGAACGUCGUCUUGUGGAAAAGUGCAAAGUGCUUUUGAGCGGCUGAAAAAUAACGUAUACGCGUAAAGUUUAAUUUUGAAUGUGUGCGAUCAACGACAUUUUCUGCUAUCAUUUCAAACCUAGUCGUUUACUCGUAUUCGUUAUCGAUAUCAUAUAUCCACCACAUCUCUCUUCCUCAUCUUAUGAGGGGCGGAGUGUGCAAUGGCGAAAAAUUACAAAUAGAUAAGUAGGCAGGCAGGCAGGCAGGCAGGCAGGCAGGCAGGCAGGCAGGCAGGCAGGUAGGUAGGUAGGUAGGUAGGUAGGAGGUUGUUUUUAAUUUAGGUAGUAAAAGUAAUCCGUAAAAUUGGGCAACUCGCGAGUCGCGAGUCGCGAGAUUGCUGUUUUGCAAGAGUUUUGACAAUUCGGUACUUAGCUGGUUGGUGGUUUUGAGGUUUUUCUUUUCUCGUGCAGUACGAAACAACGCCGUAGUAGGUACUCGUACUAUACGCGCAUUUACACAUAAGUACAUAAUUAUAAAAUUGCCGCGAUGGUAUCGUGAUCUGCACAUCAAAAAAUCAUUUGCAAUAUCCGAUGUCUAAUGAUCCGUAAUCACCAUUUCUCCUUUCACCCGAACACCUCAACACCCUCAGCCUUGCCUACAUGUACAAGUCUGGCUCCUACACCUGGUAGGUAGUAGGUACAUCUCUAACUACCACCCUAUCGACGAGUUGAAUUUCCAAGUUUUCAACGACGAAUGCUAAACACUACACAGUGGACAGUGGACAGUGGACAGUGGACAGUGGACACAGGACACACCGUCCGCCCUACCUGCCUACCUAGUACCUACCUACUUACUGCCGAGUAUUUUGGUUACGAUUGAUCAUUUGUUACUUACGUAGGUAUUACCUACUACAUACUUACAAGUACAUAUGUAAUUGUAAGGUGAUUCAGUUUUAUGCGAUAGACCUACCUAUGUACCUAAAUUACGAGUACCUAUAUUCUUAAGCGAGUACAUGCUACGCAACGUACCUACUGUAAAGAUUUUCAUACUAUCUUAAUACGUCGUCAAAUUACAAAUAGUCAGUAUUAUUAUACGUUAUUUUUCGAAUUCUUCAAAUUUACCUACUCGUAUUUGUAUAUGUAUUAUACCUAUUUGUCAAGAGUAUUUACUUAUUAAACGAAUCAUGAUUUUUGA